AUGAGCAUGUUGCAACUGGAGAAGAUAUACCAAAUGGACAGCAUGAUGAGCCUGAUCAUGGGCAUAUUCCUGACCGUAGUAGGGUCCAUAUUUAUGGCAAUCGCGAACACGUUCAUGAAGCUGGGGUUGAGCGACACAAAGAAGAAGAAGUAUAUGUUCACCAACUACUCGUGCGAUAUGAAAUGGUACAUAGGAUUUGUCGUGUACUGCUUCGGAUCAUUUUUACACAUAAUUGCAUUAGGGUUCGCCCCAGCCAGUACCCUAGCCCCAAUGAAUUCAUUUGGACUCAUUGCUAAUGCAAUCGUUGCGAAUAUUUACCUGAACGAGAAGUUAGGCAAAAUCGAGAUAAUAUCCACAAUGGGAAUUUUCUUUGGAAUUAGCAUUUGUGCAUGCGCUUCUUUCCUAUGUGAUCCCAAAGAUGAUGUGCACUUUAAUCCCAUUAACAUAAUCGAAAGCUGGAAGAACCCCUGGUACAUUUUCUACAUUUUCGUUUCCAUUUUUUUAUCUUUUUUUACAUUAAUAUAUCUAAAUCACCAGGAAAAUAAAAUCAUAUCAGAAAAUGAAGAGAUAUACGCAACUAAGAGAUACAUAGAGUUAAACAUGUACGAUGAGAAGAAGGACGAUGUAGAAAAUGGAAACAAUUUAAACGCCUCGUUGAAUACGAAAAGAUUAAGCGAAACUGUAAACGUCUAUCCAAAAACGAUUGGGUUGUCAUAUGGCUUCUUAGCUGGGUUGAUAGGAUCUCAGUGUGUGUUAGAAAUUAAAGAAAUUGUGGCAUUUUUAAAUAUCGGAUUGACGAAUAAGCAUAUCUAUAAAACCCCACUACCCCACUUAUGUUUUAUCUUUCUCGUGAUAUCAAUUUAUCUUCAAAUACAUUUUCUAAAUUUGGGUCUAACAAGAGGGGAUGCCACUUUAGUUGUGCCAACCUACUACGUAUUCUGGACCUUCUUCGGAACAUUGGGCGGUCUGGUAAAAUUCAACGAAAUAGAGAACUUUAAUUUUAAUUCGAUCCUUCUAUUUUUAGCUGGUUUUGUGUUAACAGUGUUGUUUAUCUCUAUCCUCGCUGUGCAAGAAAUUGCCUUCUUAAGAAAAUAUGUCGAUAAAGAAGUACCAGAUAUAUCGCUAGACAAUUUAGACAUCCACGCUCAGGUUUUGCAAAAUAAAAAGCUAUCAAAACAGGUUAUUUUAAACAUGGGAUUAUUUCCCGUUUCGUUGCUUG